AUGACAUCGUAUCUCGUUACUGGAGCUGCUAGAGGAAUUGGUUUGGGUUUGGUCAAGGAAAUAUUGAAAAAACCUGACACUACUGUUUUUGCACUUGUUAGAGGCUCUUCCAAAAUCGACGAGUUGAAAGCUAUCAAGUCUUCAAGACUUCAUAUUGUAACUGCCGACAUUUCUAACCCCUCUGAAGUCGAUGAGGUUGUUAAGCAAGUUGAAAAAUUGACCAGCUCAUUGGAUGUGAUUAUCUUGAGUGCUGCCCUCCUUGAGAUCAGCCUCAAGACACCAUUGGAGUUGACAGAGUCUCCGGAAGCUUUCAAGGAGUUUGUUGAAGAGUCAAACAAGAUCAUGUAUGUCAACACCUAUUCUCAACUUUAUGUGGCCAACAAGUUUCAUCCUUUGCUUUCCAAGGGAGAAAAAAAGAAGAUUGUUUUCGUAUCUUCUGGUCUCGGCCAUGGCGACUGGGUAUAUAAGGCUGGCCAUCAACGCUUGACGGCUUACUCAAUGGGUAAGGCUGCUCUUAACCUCAUGGUUGCUCAACUCGGUGCUACGCUUAGACACGAAGGAUUCACUGUGCUUGCUCUCUGUCCCGGUAUUGUCAAUUCCAGUAGAGCACCCCUCGAAGAAGUCGAGGAAAACUAUAAAAUUUUCUUUGAUGCCGCCAGAAGAGUCAACCCUACAUUCAAGGGAAUUUUGCAGGUGGAAGAAGCAUGUACCAGAUUCAUGGAAGCUGUUGAGUUCUAUGGUCCUAUGUCCAACGGAAGGUUCAUUAGCGCCAAUGGAACCCACGACGUAUUUGCUUAA